AUGGCGCACCGGGUGGACAACGAGUACGACUACCUCUUCAAGAUCGUGCUCAUCGGCGACUCCGGCGUCGGCAAGUCCAACAUCCUCUCCCGCUUCACCCGCAACGAGUUCUGCCUCGAGUCCAAGUCCACCAUCGGCGUCGAGUUCGCCACCCGCACCCUCCAGGUAGAAGGCAAGACCAUUAAAGCUCAGAUAUGGGAUACUGCUGGCCAAGAGAGGUACCGUGCAAUCACAAGUGCUUACUACAGGGGAGCUGUGGGAGCUCUUUUGGUGUAUGACAUAACAAAGAAGCUAUCAUUUGAAAACAUCAAUAGGUGGCUUAGUGAGCUCCGUAACCAUGCUGACUCCAACAUUGUCAUCAUGAUGGUUGGAAACAAAUCCGACCUUAACCACCUGAGGUCAGUUCAAGAGGAAGAAGGGCAGGCAUUAGCAGAGAAGGAAGGGCUAUCCUUCCUUGAGACCUCGGCACUGGAAGCCUUGAACGUCGAGAAGGCGUUUCAGACUAUCCUUUCCGACAUCCAUCAGAUCAUAAGCAAGAAGGCGCUCGCUGCCCAGGAGGCUGCAGGAAGUGGACCUCCGACUCAAGGAACCACCAUCAAUGUUGCCGAUUCAUCUGGCAACACAAAGAAAGGGUGCUGUUCUACCUAG